CUUCGUUUUUAUUAGGAUAUUUUAUUUAUAUUUCAAUAUGAAUUAACUUUGGUGACAUUAUCAAGACAUUAUAUAUUAUCUCGAUAUAAUUUGUUGGAAUAUAUACCAUACAAUCAAUUACAGUUGUUUUUCUUCGAUAUUACUAUUCUGCCAGGCCUACUUGUCCGUUUAUAAAUUAUACGUAAUAUAUGGCAACGCUUUUUUCACUUCCCCUGCUCAUUGUUAUUUGAAUAGUGAGUGUUUGUGUGGAGAACAAUAAACGGCAUGUUGCUAUGCCAGUGAGAAAGGGAAACGUCGGCCUGUGAGCGCGGUCAAGUGCAACAACAACCAGAAAAAUGUCCUGACACCUGUUAUAGACGAAAUACAUUUGAAGUGAAUGAAAAGGCAUGGACCUAAGUAAAAUAAGCAAUUCGUUUGUUGGGACUUGAUUGACGCAGAAGAAUAGCCGAUUUAAUUAUGGCAAGUCCGGAGAGAAAUAAGAAGAUUCUGCUUGAAAUGGUGAAACAGCCCAGCAACGACCAUUGUGCCGACUGUGGGGCCCCUGAGCCAGACUGGGCCUCAUACAAACUUGGUGUGUUUGUAUGUGUGAACUGUUCGGGGACACAUCGGGACUUGCCUGCCAUCAGCCGGAUAAAGUCCAUACGUUUGGAUUUCUGGGAUGAUUCCUUAGUAGAGUUUAUGAAGACAAGGGGUAACGCAGCAGCCAAUGCGUUCUAUGAGAAGUGUGUUCCCUUCUACUACCGGCCACAGGAGAAGGACUGUGUUGUUCUUAAAGAUCAGUGGAUACGUGCUAAGUAUGAGAGGAGAGAAUUCACAGGAGAGAGUAGCUCCCUUCAGCAAGGUUAUAGUUCAGGACUUUACGAAGGAAUUCUAUGGAAGAAAGGCAAGGACAACAAGCAGUUCCUGAAAAGGAGAUUCCUGCUCUCUGAAACAGACUUCACCUUGAGAUACUUCACCAAAGAGGAUUCCAAGAAGCCCAAAGCAGUCAUCUCUAUGAAGGACCUCAAUGCUGUGUUCCAGCCGGAAAAGAUAGGCCACGCCCACGGGCUGCAAAUCUCCUACCUGGAGGAAGAACGGACCAGAAACCUGUUUGUUUACCAUGACAACAGCCAGGAAAUUGUGUCCUGUUUCAAUGCGAUUCGGGCCACCCGGUUUGCUUACCUCAAGAAAGUCAAUCCUAAUGCCAGGGACAGUGACCUCGUACCUUUGAUAACCAGAAGUAGCAUUAAAGAAGGCUACAUGGAGAAAACCGGCCCAACGCAAUGGGAGCCAUUCAAGAAGAGAUGGUUCAUCUUAAACUUAACGGACAGAAAGCUGUCCUACUUCAAAUCUUCACUGGAUGCCUUGGAACUGGGAGCUGUCUUCAUCGGCACAGAGGGCCAUGGCUACUCUGUGAGGGAGGGCCAGCCUAAGGGGAGCCGCAGUGGCAGGUGGAGGUUCGGGGUCACCUUGGAGACGCCAGACAGGCAGUUUGUCUUCCUGUGUGACCAGGAGCAGGACCAGAGGGAGUGGAUAGAAGCCUUCAAACUACUGAGGCAAACAUGAGAAGGAUGAAAAAAUGAAUGGUGUAAAAACCCGAGGGAAGGAAAACACGAUUCACAGGAAGAAAUGGCAAUGUGUGAGGCUGGCUGCCUGUUUCAGAGAGCCUACCAGUGGCAGGGUGGAGGCUUCUCACAAGAGGUGAUCAGUGAACUCUUCAAUGGAGUCAUGUUUAUCGGAAAAUGAGGAGAGGCUAAAUGAACUCAGGCUAAAGAGGCUAAACGAACUGAAGAGCUGCCAAUGUGGACCAGCACUGGUAACCAUUGCAAAUCACCAUUAUCCAGGGCACCUUGCAAACCAGUGACAGGACUGCAUAUUAUGAGAUGGGAACUGAUGGCAUUGUCGGGGAUAUUGGGAAUGUAAUAUAUACUUUCUAUUAACUAAUGUGUAUAUACACUGAAUGCAUAAAACGUUAAGGACACCUGCUCUUUCCAUGACAGACUGACCAGGUGAAAGCUAUGAUCCCUUAUUGAUGUCACUUGUUAAAUCCACUUCAAUCAGUGUCGAUGAAGGGGAGGAGACAAGUUAAAUAAGGAUUUGUCAGCCAAUGGAGACAUGGAUUGUGUAUGUGUGCCACUCAGACGGUGAAUGGGUAAGACAAUUGAAGACUAUUGAAGUGCCUUUGAACAGGAUAUGGUAGUAGGUGCCAGGCGCACCGGUUUGUGUCAAGAACUGCAACGCUGCUGGGUUUUUCAUGCUCAAUAGUUUUACGUGUGUGUCAAGAAUGGUCCACCACCCAAAGGACAUCCAGCCAACUUGACACAACUGUGGGAAGCAUUGGAGUCAACCUGGGCCAUAUUGGGCCUGCAUCCCUGACACCUUGUAGAAGCCAAGACCUGAUGAAUUGAGACUGUUCUGAGGGGUGUUCCUAAUAUUUUGUACAGUCAUUGUAAAUAGAAAGCGAGAGACUGCGAUACAAUACUUUAAUGGAGCUAGUAGAGUUCGUUUUUUGUAUAACAGUUAUUUUAUAAUACAGUGUUUUAUUAUCUUUG